GGAGGCAUACAAGUGGUCGUGGAACAACUAGCUGAACAAACCAAGAUGCUCAAACAAGCGAUCGACGAGAUGAAAGCAGGAUCUGCAAAGAACCUUGUUAUGGUCGAGGGCAUUCGGAGAGGCGUACUUCUGCUGAAGGAAGCACAACUGAACAACGACCGGAAGAAGCGAGGAAAAGAACUCGUGGAGGAAGAGGGAACGAAUGAAGAACCACCAGUCACAAGAAGGAAGAUGCAAUCGGAAGACAAGGAGGCACAAAUGAGAGAGAAAAUGGACAGAAUGAAGAAACAGCAUGCCGAGGAAAUGAAGAUGAUGAGGGAGGAAAUCGCGCGUCUGACCGCAACACUCGUCACUCCGAAGCCCGUAAAUACUCCGUCAACUUCAAAAGCAGCAGUUGUCACCCCACUUACUGAGAUGAAGGCGGGGAGGCUGGAACGAGAAUUUGCUCGAACGGUACCUAAUCCAACACGUGGAGCCAUAACACGAGCAAGGACACCCAAAAACGAGGAGGAUGCCGAAGAACAGCCACUGGGAUUCGACCGAAUCAUCCCCGGAAGGAAUGCUGCAGUUGCAUCACCGAGACCGGAGGGGCGACUAAAGUACAUUGAUGACACUAAGAGGCAUCUGCGAAUGAAGAACGUCAAACAACUUGAGAAGAUGUGUAAAAACGAGAAGCUGAAACCAUCGAACUGGCGGAAAAAAGAUAUGGUGGAAGCUUUGGCAAAACAGCGGGCGGCUAACGCAUACGGAAAGCAACCCGUCAACGAGGCGGAGGUCAAACAGUUUAGUAAGGUACUCGAGGGCCUGACGGUAUUGCCUAUUGACAAUAAUCAGGGUGACAUAUUGGCAUGCUGCCCAGUGGUGUAUGGACAAGCAAUGAAGAGCAUGUUCACAGAGAACGUGGGGUUCAAGACGAGGACGGAGAGAGAGAGAGAAAUCAGUGCUUGUUGUAAAGAGCGAUACAUCACACAUGGCUUUGAGAAGAUCGUUAAAUGGAACAACAGAGGAGAGCUGGGAAAAGCGUACCUCAUUCCUAAACACAAAGACGUCACACGGUGGCGACCCAUUUGCCCGUCCUUUAGCGAACCGGGGGGAAGGAUGUGCAAGCUGGUGGGCAAGGCAAUCAACUUUAUGCUUCGGUCGCUACCUAGGAACUCAAACCUUAACCUCAAGAGUACACGUCAUCUGAUCGAUGCACUACAUGAAACCAACAAGAAGUUAUCUCAGCUGAACCAUGUCGCUGUACUAGGAGCCAGUUUUGACGUUAAAGACAUGUUCUCCAAGUUUCCUCAUCGGGCAGUGGUGGAGGCGGUUGGAUGGAUCGUGGAAUUUUAUGAAGGAAAAGCGUUGAAUAAACUUUAUCAAGUGCUUAUUGGAAGCGGAGGAGGUGGUUGCAGCAGCAUGGCCAGCUCCAGCAGGGCAGGGGGUGCGGUUGGCGGAGAAGGAAGCAGGAGGCAGUCGGAAAGAGGAGGGGGUAGAGGGAAGGACAUUGCGAGCUCGAGCGCACCUUCGUCUGGGCUGGUUGACAAAGUCCCCACGCCGGCUACAGACCCAUCCUUGUUCGUCCCACAGGCGGAGGAAAAGCAAAAGAAGCUGCAAGGCGAGAAGGAGGUGUGGAAGCAUGUAGAGCAAGGUCAGGAGGCUGUGCCAAAGGGGCGGGGAGAGUAUUGGCUGCGGUGUCGGCUGUGCUCGACCAUUUACAGGGGCACGAGCACAAGAGCCGUUGAGCAUUUCCUAAAACUGCAUAAGCCUUGCCCUUUCAGGACGGGCGAGAUAUUGCACAAGCUGGUGGCCCAAGGCGCGAAGGUGCUGCCGAAGGACAAGAAGACGCAAUACAUUCUGCAAAAUUAUCGGCAGCUUCACAACAUUUCGGCGGGGGGUGCUACUGUCAAUGACGACGACGAGAGUGUGGUUGUUCCUCGCGGUUAUGAGGAGCCACAACCGCCGGUUGCUGCUGGGAGGGAGCCAGUGGAGGAGCCGGUGCAACGGGGAAAAGAACCUGCAGCGGCACAGGCGGCGGGAGAAGAUGGUGCUUCCACCACAAGGAUGGCUUCGAUGCAGCAAACGACCAUCAAGAGAUGGGUCAACAACGCGGCGCAGAAGAAGUUGGAUGUCGCGUGGGCGGAGGCAAUGUUCAGAGCCGGAAUUGCAUUCCAAUUCCUGGAGUUCGACACCACGCAGCAGCUGCACAGCGUGUACCUCGAGGUGGCGAACGCCAGACCGCAGGUGAAGUUGCCGUCUUCGAAGCACAUUCGGACUGUCAUGCUGGAGUUCAUUUUCAUGCGCAUUCAAAAGCAAGUGGAGCCGUUGACAAAAUGAGCUGUUCUGGUGGCGACGGUGUACAUGGACGACAAGAAGAAGACGGGAGCGGCGUUGGCGAAACUGUGGGAGAAAAUAAUGAGGGAGAAUGGGCUGCAUCGCAUCAACGCGAUAUGCACUGACAAUGCGGAGGUGAACAAGAGAGCAGCUCAAAUUUUGGAACGGCGCACGGACCCUGCGGUUGCAAGGAUACCUUGGGUUCCCUGCGCUGCACAUUGCUGCAGCUUGCUGCUAAGGGACAUCAGCAAGUUGGAUUGGGUGAAGGGCACGGUGAAGCGGGGCCACACCAUCGUCAAAUUCAUCAGGAAUCACCACAGGACAAACAGUUUCACGAUGAGCUUGGACCAUUCCUUGACGCUGUUGCGACCGACCGAGGUCCGUUUCGGGUCGGUGUACCGGAUGCUGGAGCGGAUACACAACCGGAGGGCAGUUUUGAAGGACAUGGUGGACGCGACGAAUGUGGGGAAAUGGAAGGCGAUGCGGUGGUCGAGCGCGAAGCUGCAGGUGAAAGCGGAUCUCGUGUACUUCACACUGCGGAGGGAUGCUUGGUGGACGGAGCUACAGAAGGUGGUGGAGAUGAUGGAGCCGUUGUAUCUCCUUCUGCGGAGGAUGGACAAGGACGGGACAGCACCGUCAAACCUUGUGGAGUACGACCGACUCAUGGAGAGGAUGCUGGCGGAGGUUGUGCUGACACCGGAGCAGCGAAGUUCGGUCCUGGAGAAGGUGAGGGACCACAUGAAGAUGAUGCGGCAACCGGUGCACGCACUGGCUUUUCUUCUCGACCCUCGGAGGAGAGAUCCGAAGUGGUUGCUGGAUCGGGACAGCGCACUUGUGCAGAACGCGCUGCGUUAUUUGCAGAGGCAAAUUGGCGGACCUUGGAAGUCCCAAGCGCACAGGGAUAUAAUGAAAGACCUGCGCGAGUUCCACAAGCAACCCACCGCAUUCGACCCCAAUCGGAAGGACAAGAAGAUGUGGAAGCCGGAUGCGGUCGAGGAUGCUGAUAUUAUCUCGCCAUCGGAGUGGUGGGCAACAUAUGGUGGCGAUGCGCCGAAGUUGCAGGCCAUCGCCAUCAAAGUGAUGGGCAUGUGGAGCACAACAACUCCGGCGGAGCGUAAUUGGUCAUCGAUGGACUUGGUGCACUCCAAGCGACGGAAUCGGUUGAAGCCCGCGACCGUGGAGAAGCUUUCCGAUGUUGAGAUACCGCACACGGACACCGACAUUGAGAUGGUGCUUCGCCCUGGUCUGCUUGACGCGGAUGAGGCGGAGGCCGAUCGUGCGAAGGCAAUGGCUGAUGCGGAUCGCGAACGGGUGCAAAGGAGAAUGAGAGAGGAGGAGGAGCGGCGAGCAGCUGUACCGACCCGUAGAGAACUGCAAAAACAAAAGAAGGUUGGAGAGAAUGAACCGGAGCCUGCGCGGGAGAUGGGGCAGCACGAGGAGGAGGAAGAGGAGGAGAUGGGGCAGCGAGACGAGGUGGAAGAGGAGGAGAUGGGCCAGCAAGACAAGGAGCAAGAACACGAGAUGACCCACCAAGCGCAGGAAGAAGAAGAGAUGGAGGAGGAAGAAGAAGAGGCUUGCAUGGAGCAGCGCAUGCGAAACGGGUGGGAGAGAGCGAGGAGGAGCAGCAGCAUGACGAGAUGGCGCACAGCGAGGAGGAGCCGCAACAGCAACAGCAUGCACGGACGACCGUGUACAAGCGCGGAUCCGACAUCGGCGGAGGCAGAGAGAAGUAACCUGGCUAACUUGAUGUUGAGCGUGAUGAGGGGAGUAAUGUGGAACAACAAACUGCUGCAGGCACACCUGCUCACCGAACGACAACACAGACAGAAGCAGCAGCAAGACACUGCCGCUUUAGCAGCUGCCGUCCACGCAGCAGCAACACAGCAGCAGCAACAGCAUCAGCUGUUGAACUCCGCUCUCACACGCAUCAACAGCAUUGAGGCUCAAGCCUCAGCAGCACCAGGCUGCACGACUGACACGGCGAAACAGCUCAAUGAGCGCAUCGACCACGUCAUCAGUCUAAUCGGCGAACUAAGUGACUUCACCAGUCCGGCUACGAUCAGCAGCACGGUGGCCGCCAUCAAGACGGACAUCACCAAGCUGCAGUCGCAACCAGCAGCCGCUGCGAAGGUAUACAAGAUGCCACGCUUCAACAUCGGCAAGUUCGAGGACUACAACAAGACCGACGCUUUGACAUGGUGGCAAGCCUUCCUCACGGAAGCGUCCUGCCACAAGGUCCCAGCCGAAGACAUGAUGAAGGCAAUCUACCUCCAACUCAUUGGAGGUGCACAGACGUGGAUGAACCACCUCGCAGUUAACAAGAAAACCACUAUCACCGAGCUACACAAACACCUCACGUGGGAGGAGUUUGAGCAACUGUGGUUCACUGGUUUUAUGGUCCGCAAUGUAGUGAAGGCGGCCAUGAACGAGGUCUACACAUGCUCACAGGGAAUUAUGCCAUCUCGAGACUGGACGAUUAAGUGGCAGAAGAUAGUGACCACACCAGGCUUCGAUUUGAGCUUUACAAACCAACGAUCCGAGUUCUUCUCGCGAUCGUGCGCAGGACUGUGAACCGCACUCGGCAACGAGUACGAUUAUGCCUCGUUCCAGGCUAUUCUGGAUCGUGCGAACCUGGUCAUCCAAACAG